CUACAUCUCUCCCUCAACCAACAAUUCCAAACCCAUUGAACAGACCCAAACAAAUCAAUCAAAAUGGCCUCCCUAUCCCGCGUAACCCGCAUCAACAACCCAGCCCUCUUUAUCUGCGACCUCCAAGAGAAAUUCCGCAAUGCCAUCUACGAAUUCCCCAAAGUUAUAAGCACAACAACCAAACUCCUCCGCGCCAGCACCCCCCUCCAAAUCCCCAUCUACAUCACGACCCAAAGCAGGAGCAAACUCGGACCUACAGUGCCCGAACUAACCACCCACCUAACCUCGAACCCACUCGUGCGCGCCGACCUGGACAAGACGCUUUUUUCAAUGAUAACGCCCGAGAUGGAAGCGGUGCUCCCCUCCCCCGAGAAAGGAGAAAAGGCAUUGGAUGUGAUCAUCGUGGGAAUCGAGACGCAUAUCUGUGUGUUGCAGACGACGAUGGAUCUGCUUCGUCGAGGACACCGGGUGUAUGUGUGCUUGGAUGGGGUGAGUAGUGUGAAUAAGGAGGAGAGGGGGGUUGCGGUGGCGAGGAUGAGGGAUGCGGGGGCGAUUGUGACGACGAGUGAGAGUUUGUUGUUUGAGAUGUUGGGGGAUGCUGGGCAUGAGGGGUUUAAGGGGGUGAGUGGGUUGGUUAGGGAGAUGAAGGAGGAGACGAGGGGGGCGGUGGAGGGGUUGGCUAAGAUUUAA